AUGGACCUUUUUGCUUCUUCAAGUAAGCCAUAUAUUGCGGUUUCAGAGCCAUUCGACUUUUUCAAGAACAACGAUGAAACGAAAAAGAUACCCUUUUACAGCUUUCUUCCUUUUGAACCAUGCAAGUUUGAAGGAAAUUCAAGCUCAUGCAAUAAAGUUGAGGGCGAAGAAAAUGUGAAUGUGGCAUUGCAUAUUGGGAUUCCAAUCAGAAAGGAUGAGACGAUUGUUAAUAAAGAUGACGAUCAUAACGAUGGUAACGACAACAGCUAUGAAAUGGCGGUUAGCAUGUCAGCUAAUGCCGAGUACUGGAUACCUAGUCGAGGUCAAAUACUUGCUGGCUUUACUCACUUUUCUUGUCAUAUUUGCAAUAAGACUUUCACUCGUUAUAACAAUCUUCAGAUGCACAUGUGGGGUCAUGGAUCAGAAUAUAGAAAAGGAGCAGAGUCGCUCCGCGGUUCACAACCACGAGCAAUGAUAGGGGUGCCAUGUUAUUGUUGUGAAGAAGAAUGUAAGAACAAUAUUAACCAUCCAAGGUGUAAGCCACUUAAAGAUUUUAGGACACUUCAAACACAUUACAAAAGGAAACAUGGGACGAAACAUUUUUCUUGUAGAAAAUGCGGCAAGAGCUUUGCUGUGAAAGGAGAUUGGCGGACGCAUGAGAAGAACUGUGGAAAACGGUGGUUGUGUGAUUGUGGUUCCGAUUUUAAGCACAAAAGAUCGCUUAAAGACCAUAUUAUGUCUUUUGGCGUUGGCCAUGCUCCGGCAUCUUAUCGCCCGGUAUAG